ACAGUUACUAAACGUACAAGGUGUUUUUCAAAAGCAAGGUUAAGGUAGUUGUAACAGUGGUCUGACUCGUGGUUCAUUUUCAAUUCGAGUCCUCUUAUAUGUGGGACAGUCUUUUGCGCUAACUAGGAAAUAAAAUGGAUUGCGAUAAUGCUGAUGAUGACUUUGGCAUUUCGGAAGCCAGGCAACUCGUGAAAACAAGGAAUAGGAAGAAUAGAAAAUCUGGGGGUUUUCAAUCCAUGGGUCUCAGUGCAUCAACUUUUAACGGAAUAAUGAAGAAAGGUUACAAAAUACCAACUCCAAUUCAGAGAAAGGCUAUUCCUAUGAUUCUAUCUGGGCGUGACGUUGUUUCUAUGGCGCGUACCGGGAGUGGAAAAACAGCAGCAUUUUUGAUACCACUCUUUGAAAAAUUUCCAUGCCACUCACCUGCUGGUCCACGUGCUUUAAUCAUGAGUCCAACGAGAGAACUGGCUAUUCAAACCUUGAAUUUUACAAAGGAGGUAAUCUUAUUAUUUAUUUUUUGCAUAGUGAAUUAGCUUGGUAAAUUUACACCACUCAAGGCCACAGUAAUUCUUGGAGGUGACAAAAUGGAAGAGCAGUUUGCAGCACUUCACAAAUCGCCAGAUAUAAUUAUUGCUACGCCAGGGCGAUUUUUGCACGUCCUAAUGGAAAUGAACUUAUCGCUAAAUUCUAUUGAAUAUGUUGUGUUUGAUGAAGGCGACCGGCUUUUCGAACUUGGAUUUGCAGAGCAGCUUUCAGAAACUUUGAAACGUCUUCCACGUAGUCGUCAAACCUUAAUAUUUUCGGCAACAUUGCCUAAAAACUUGGUGGAAUUUGCACGUGCUGGACUAGUAGAUCCUAUUCUACUUCGACUCGACUUAAAUUCUAAACUGAGUCAAGACUUAAAGUUAGCACACAUAACUUGCCUUCCAGAAGAGAAGAAUAUAAUUCUUGUACAUUUAUUGGGAAAGGUGAUACACAAGGAUGAGCAAGCUGUAGUGUUUUUUGCCACCAAGCAUCAUGUUGAAUCCUUUCAAAUGUUAUUAACCGAUCUUGGCUUCGAAUGUACGUGCAUUCAUUCGGGACUUGAUCCAAGCGCAAGAAAUCUUUCUCUAAAGAAAUUUCGUUCUCGAACUGCUCGUGUGUUACUUGUAACAGAUGUUGCUGCAAGAGGUGUGGAUAUUCCUCACCUUGAUAAUGUAAUUAAUUUCCAUUUUCCUGCCCAACCCAAACUCUUUUUGCAUCGAGUGGGUCGUGUCGCUCGUGCUGGUCGACGUGGGGUUGCUUAUUCUUUAGUCGAUCCCGAAGAGUUACCUUACCUAUUAGAUGUAUUCAUGUUUUUAGGUAAAGAGUGGAAAGUGUGUCAGUCAUCAAAUAAACAAGUAGAAUGGGAAAGUGACUGUGUUGGCAGAGCACCAAGAAGCAUUAUGAGCAAUCUGGCCGCUCGUAUUGAAAGUAUUUCAUCCAAAAAUCCUUCUCUUGAAUCAAUGAAGAAGGUUUGUGUCAAUGCGAUGAAGCGAUUCCUUCAAACUCGUCCAAAUGCAUCUUGGGAAUCUAUUCGACGUGCAAAGGAUCUAAGAGAUGCACAUUUUUCAUUGCCUGUUCACCAGAUUUUUGAUAAUUCAGCAGAAAAAGAAGAUGGGACAAGUAAUGAGAUAUUAGGUGUCAUACGACAACUCAAAUUGCCUACUAUAUUUGAAGCUUUGGGCAAACAUGUGAAUCCUGAAGCUUUUGCUACAAUGAUGAAGAAAAGAAAACUACAUGAUCACAUUAUAGCACGCCGUGCUGCUCAGCGAGCUGUAGGUCAAACCAACAAUGUACUGAAGAAUUUAGUAGAGAGAAAGGUCUCAUUAACGGACCAACUAGGUGCAUGUAAUGCUAAUGAUGAAAUGUCGGAUAAUUUGGAAAAUAUUGACUUCUUUGUCCCAUAUUCACGUGGUGAUGAAGCAACAGAGAAUGGAUUAUCAAUUACUGGAACAAAAAGUCAAUUUUAUUUAGAUGCAGCAGCGGCUUCACUAGAUUUACCAAAUGAUGAAUCCCAACAAGUCAAUGGUGGAGUUGCAGGAUCACAUAGUCGAAAGGUUGUUUGGGAUCGUAAACGUAAACGAUUUACUGGAAUGGAUGCUGCUCAAGGUAAAGCAAAUAUGAAACGUAUUAAAACUGAAAGUGGUGUAUGGAUUCCUGCAUCAUACAAAACAGACAAAUAUAAGUUAUGGCUUAAAAAAUCGAAGUCAGAUAUUAUACAGGAAACAAGCAAAAAUACAGAAGAAUCAUCCUCCUUUAUCUAUGCUUCAAAUACGCGUAAACGAUUUUCAAAGUAUGGUGAUGUAAUUGAAUUACCUGAUACAAAUGAAGUGACCGGUAAACAAAACCACUUUUUCAGAUCAUCGACAGGGUACAUGAGUAAAAAACAACAAUUAACACCGAAAUUCACAGUAAUUGGAUCACAAAAAUGGCAAGACCGAGCAACUUCUCGACAGAAAGAACGUUUACAGAAUGCAGAAGAAAGGCAAAAAAUACGCAAACCGAAAGGAUCUCGAACAUUUGGUCAACUCAGGCUACCCGAGCAAAUAUUGAAGCAACGUAAAUUGCGCGAAAAACAGAAACAACGUGCCCAGAAAAACAGGAAUAAUAACCAGUCACACAAAAAACGGAAACAUUAAAGUAUUUUAACUAUACUAACUUCUGUACAGUUAAUUUUUUUAUUGAGAUAACAUAUUCAAGGAAUAAGAAUUCUAUUGUGAACAA